AUGGAGUACAAUAGAAACUCCCCCACCACGAGCGGAGGAAACACACCCUCGAUUCCCAUCGGAUCGGAGGGAAAUUUUGCGGGGAUGAAUCCCCAGAUGGCGGGGAUGAGCGAUGAUGCCGGGGGCAGCGGGUAUGCCGGCAAAUAUGUCGGGGAUGGGUGGGACUGCGAGGAUGGGCAGUAUGCCGCCAAAUAUGGCGGGGAUGGGUGUGACUAUGCCAGGGGCAGCGGGGAUGGGCGGUAUGCCGCCAAAUAUAGCGGGGGUGGGAGGGAUGGUGCCCGGGGCAGUGGGGAUGGGCGGUACGCCGCCAAAUAUGUACGGUGA